CCUUCAUGCUCUAAAGAAGACACAGGCAACACCUUCUUCCAAUUACCUUCUACAAGGYGAAUUUCAUCAUCAGGGUGCCUGCUCUUUGUGCUUGUCCAUAUAUAUAUACGUACAAUAGGUAGCUCAAUAUACAUUCAAGCAAAGAGCAGUGGGACACUUAGAGCACAGACUGGCUCUAGAACAGGUCAAGAAUCUAUGCGUGCUAUGAAGAUAACAGGCAUUUUUGUGCUCCUCAUUCUGGCAGUUCUUUGCUUAGCAAAUGCUGCCAGAAAGGAUGAGGUAGACUGCAGUGAAUACAGGAGUUUACAGGCAAGAAGACCUAUUUACUGUGAAAAGCUCUAUCAACCUUUCUGUGGCUCUGAUGGGAAAACCUAUAACAACAAAUGUUCCUUCUGCAAGGCAGUCCUGAGAAGCAGAGGUGCUUUACACAUGAAGCAAUCAGGUCCGUGCUGAAUGGAUUCUGGGUGACAGAGAAGAGUGCUGAGAACAGCUUUACACUGCCACAUCACCAUCCCUUAAUUAAAUUUCACUCCUCCUGUCUGUUCUGAUGAUGGCCCACAGAGCAAGAAGCAGCCUUUUCACCUGUUCUCUUUCCAUACUUCUCACUGCUUCAUAGCAUAGGGAAUGACACUUCUGUCCUUCCUGCAUAACAUAAAUCCUUCAGGAUUGUCAUAAGCAUCCCGGGCUCUGCACUAGUGKCUUUCAAUGUGAGCUAAUUAACUAACCUCCACAGUGACAGUUCUUAAUUUUCCAGCAUUCCCAGCUGAUUUUGUUCCAUGCAAGCAAUACAGGCAUCAUCUCUGCUUUUCUUAUUGGUGAAGCUUUUCCUCUCACUUU